AUGCAAAUUAGGUAUUUACUGUAUGGUACUCAAAUUACUACUACUACUACUACUACUACUACUACUACUACUACUACUACUACUACUACUACUACUACUACUACUACUACUACUACUACUACUACUACUACUACUACUACUACUACUACUACUACUACUACUACUACUACUACUACUACUACUACUACUACUACUACUACUACUACUACUACUACUACUACUACUACUACUACUACUACUACUACUACUACUACUACUACUACUACUACUACUACUACUACUACUACUACUACUACUACUACUACUACUACUACUACUACUACUACUACUACUACUACUACUACUACUACUACUACUACUACUACUACUACUACUACUACUACUACUACUACUACUACUACUACUACUACUACUACUACUACUACUACUACUACUACUACUACUACUACUACUACUACUACUACUACUACUACUACUACUACUACUACUACUACUACUACUACUACUACUACUACUACUACUAGUAAAAUUUCGUCAAAUAUCUGUAACCAAUAUCACAACUUCUCAUUCUCAUUGGCGGUCAAGUUGCUAUAUGACUCUAAUUUCUUAUAA